ACAAGAGCAGAGUCAGAGGGCUUUUUGGUUUUGCCAUUCAGUGACAGGAGUUUGGCGGAAAAGCUUGCUUAGGUCAAUAGCCUCACCUUGUGAGAGCUGGUCAGCAAAUUCACCGAAGGUUCAGAAGACUUGCUGGCAGCUUCAUGUCCUUUAAGAUUUUAUUUAGGCUAGUGGCCUUGAACAAUAGCUUAGCAAUAGCUUGAACAACUGGCUUUUUCUCUCCUCAUUUUUCUAUUAUGGAAGCCUACGCUGUGUUCCAGUUUGUGGCUGGAUACCGAAGAAAAGGUUUCACUAAAGUCCCAGAUGUGAUCAGCAGCAUAAGGCAAGCUUCCAAAGCCGCCCUCAAGGAGGACGUCAAACCCAAUAAAGACAGUGAAGAUGCCUUCUACAACUCCCAGAAGUUUGAGGUCCUCUACUGUGGGAAGGUGACUGUGGCUCACAAAAAGGCCCCUUCCACUCUGAUCGACGACUGCAUCGAGAAGUUCAACCAGCACGAACGCCAACGCCUAAAACUGUUGAGCGAGCAGCGCAGUGUAGAAUCCAGCACUGACCUUGCUGAGAAUGAAGGCGACGCGCCGUCUUCUCCUUUGGACAGUCCCUUUGAGGAGGUGGAUGGCGCGGACACCGCCGGCAGUAGUCACGCCGGGAUGUUUACUAUUGGGAGCCAGACUAAUCUGGCGAGCCUGGCUAGCUCCCGUGUCUCUUUCCCUGAGCGGAUUUUGGAGGAUUCUGGGUUUGACGAUCAGCAGGAGUUCCGCACCCGUUGCAGCAGUGUCACGGGUGUUAUGCAGAGGAAAGUACAUGACAACACCUUAAUAACGCAGUCACGGAGGCGACACGCAAGUGCCCCCAGCCAUGUCCAGCCCUCCGAUUCUGAGAAGAACAGGACCAUGUUGUUUCAGGUUGGCCGAUUUGAAAUUAACCUCAUCAGUCCAGACUCUAAGUCUGUUGUGUUUGAGAAGAACUUUAAAGAUAUCUCAUCGUGUUCUCAGGGCAUAAAAAACAUCGAUCACUUUGGUUUUAUUUGUCGAGAAUCUACUGAACCGGGCAUCAAUCAGUAUGUCUGCUAUGUAUUCCAGUGUGCGAACGAGUCUUUGGUAGACGAGGUGAUGCUCACUCUCAAACAGGCCUUUAGCACCGCUGCUGCCCUCCAGAACGCCAAGACUCAAAUCAAACUGUGCGAGGCCUGCCCGAUGCACUCGCUCCACAAACUCUGUGAAAGGAUUGAAGGUCUUUACCCACCGAGAGCCAAGCUCGUGAUUCAGAGACAUUUGUCCACCCUCAGUGACAAUGAGCAAGCGGACAUCUUUGAACGUGUCCAGAAAAUGAAGCCUGUUAGCGACCAGGAAGAAAAUGAGCUUGUGAUCUUACAUCUGCGGCAAUUGUGUGAAACGAAACAGAAGACGCACGUGCACAUUGGAGAGGCACCGGUGCAGAAUGCCUGCAACAACUCAGUUCCCGAAAUCACAGCGAGCGGCGGCAGGUUCAAACUUGACAUCCUGAAAAACAAGGCCAAGAAGUCCUUGACGAGUUCUCUGGAAAACAUUUUCUCAAGGGGCGCUAACAGGAUGCGUGGCCGUUUGGGGAGCAUGGACAGCUUUGAAAGAUGCAACAACCUCUCCUCGGACAAAGACUGCUCCUCUGGGGAGUCUCCUCCCCCCACUCCCCCGGGGUCACCGAUAUCCUCAGCUUGGCAGCCGUUUCCCGAGGAGGAUUCCGAUUCGCCUCAGUUCAGAAGACGUGCGCACACGUUCAGCCACCCGCCGUCCAGCGUGAAGAAAAAGAUCUCUUUCCAAGACGGGAGAUCCCAAAGCGUCAAGUCUCCUCUCCUGAGGCAGAACUCUGUGGAACACAGCAGGCCGACACUUGCCCGACGUACUCGCAGUGAGAGCGAAUCAUCUGCUCCAUCCAGCCUCCCUUCUUCCUUCUCUGCCCCGUCUUUCCUGAAAAGCUUUUACCAGAGCUCAGGAAAGCCGCCUCCUCAAUCUGAAAAUGAACUUCCCAAGAGUAAUGGGGAAAGACGGAAAAGGACGUCUUCGGUCUGCAGCAACGACUCCGUAAAUGCUGGUGGAAUCGCUCUUACCCCUCGCCGGAUCUCCUGGCGACAGCGAAUAUUCCUCAGGGUAGCAUCGCCCAUGAAGAAAUCUUCCUCGGCGAUGCAAAAUCAAGAUGGAGGGGACGGGAGUGACUUGUUACCCCUGUCUCCCCUUGCGCCAUCUUUGGAAGAGGACCCCCUGGCUUCCAUAUUGCAAAACGACGAUGCCCAAGAUAAAACGGGGGAGAAGAAGAACUCGGAAGAGCUGCAGAGUCUGUGGAGGAAAGCGAUCCAUCAACAAAUACUGCUGCUCCGAAUGGAAAAAGAAAACCAGAAAUUGGAAGCGAGCAGAGAUGAGCUUCAAUCCCGAAAAGUUAAAUUGGACUAUGAGGAAGUGGGUACUUGUCAGAAAGAUGUUAUCAACGUCUGGGAUAAGAAGCUGUUAAACUGCAGAGCCAAAAUCAGAUGCGACAUGGAAGACAUUCACGCGACUCUGAAAGACGGUGUACCAAAAAGUCGCCGAGGAGAAAUCUGGCAGUUCCUGGCGGUGCAGCAUCGCGUGCGACAUCGGCUGUCGAACAAACAGCAGCCCCCUGACGUCUCCUACAAAGAGCUCUUGAAGCAGCUGACGACUCAGCAACACGCGAUCCUUGUAGAUCUCGGAAGGACCUUUCCCACGCACCCCUAUUUCUCCGCUCAGCUGGGAGCAGGGCAGCUGUCCCUCUUCAACCUUCUGAAAGCGUACUCCUUGCUGGACAAGGAGGUGGGCUAUUGCCAAGGGAUCAGCUUCGUGGCUGGAGUGCUGCUUCUGCACAUGAGCGAAGAGCAAGCCUUUGAGAUGCUGAAGUUCCUCAUGUACGACCUGGGCUUCCGGAAGCAGUACAGACCUGACAUGAUGUCGCUACAGAUCCAGAUGUACCAGCUGUCGAGGCUUCUCCAUGACUACCACAGGGACCUCUACAACCACCUUGAAGAGAAUGAAAUCAGCCCCAGCCUUUACGCUGCACCUUGGUUUCUCACCUUACUUGCCUCCCAGUUUCCUCUGGGAUUUGUAGCCAGAGUAUUUGACAUUAUUUUUCUUCAGGGAACAGAAGUCAUAUUUAAAGUAGGCCUCAGCUUGCUUAGCAGCCAAGAGGCCCAAAUCAUGAUGUGUGAGACUUUUGAGAACAUAGUGGAGUUUCUUAAAAACACUCUCCCAGAUAUGACGAAGCCCCAGAUGGAGAAGAUUAUCACACAGGUCUUUGAAAUGGAUAUUUCUAAGCAGCUCCAUGCCUACGAAGUAGAGUAUCAUGUUCUGCAGGAUGAGCUUCAGGACGACUCAAAUCCAUGCGAGAAUGGCGAGCCUCCGGAGAAGCUCGAAAGAGUGAACAGUCAGCUCAAGAGGCAGAACAUGGACCUCUUGGAGAAACUGCAGGCAGCUCACGCUAAACUCCAGAGUGUGGAAUCGAACUUGGAAGACGUCCUGGUGCGAGAGGGCAAAAUGAAGAGCCUGAUCUCGUCACUGGAGCGGGAGAAAGCACUCUACCGAAAGACUAUCGAGAAGAUCUGCCAGCACUUGCCUGCCGAGGCACUGUCGGCCUGCGAGGAGCUGCUGAAAGAGGCGGACUAUCACCCAAAUGCAAUCUAGAAAUAAGCCAUACAUUGAAAGUUGUGGGCAACACCGCGGACAAUAAAGGAAAGAGACAGAGACCGGCUUCUGUGGAGGGUGUCUGCUCCACCUCACACGGGUACUGGGAUUCUUCGAGCAACAAGAGAGGCCUUUUCAAACCUUGAUAUGCAAAUCCCAGGCUAAACGUUUUUAAUAAUGUGUGUACAUAAACUGCGAUGCAAAAAAAAAAAAGGUCAAAUCUAAUGAAGACAAUUAGAUAUAUAUUUAGGAUCGGUCUUAAGGGGUGGGGGGGUGGGGAGGAUGAAAUUUCACUAGGGGAGACCAGCGAUCGACUUCUGAAACGUCAACCUCAGUAUGUUUUUUUUCCUGUAGUCAAAGGAACACUGUUGUGUCUUUCUAUACCGUAAUUAAUACUUGAAAAGAAACAAGAAUGUACAUUUUCCCCUCCUCCAAAGAAUAGCAUGUUUCUCAUUGUAAUGUGGGGGGGAGGGUUGCUUUUGUAGAGGCAGUGAUGGCGGGGGGAGAUGGGGGGAUAGGAGAAAAAUCCCUACAAGCUCUCAUGUGCCUGUAAUAAACUCUACAAACAACUUCAUCUACGUUACAAUAAUCCCUGCUAGGUCUCCAGAUGUGAUUUUGCUGCUGAGAAUCACCGUUGCCAAGUAGCUUUUCCAGGCUCUUCCAGGUAGCUUGACCUUAUUUUUCCAGAUGCGUCUCUGGAAGCUGAGGGAGGAGGAGAGGAAGGCUGGAAGCAGCCUCCUCCUUUCUGAUCUUGCCCGUUAACUCCGCAGAGUCCUAACGGCAGUGGCCUCCCAAGAGGGGCUUUCUCACCUCAGACUGUCAGUGGGAGACAAAAUGCCGCAGCGCGCACACUACUAGAGCCCAUCAGGAAGACGGCACUCGGGUAGGCUUUCUUCCAGCUUGCUGAAUUUGGUAUGUGUCAGCAGGGCUCUUUUUCUAGCAGGAGCUCCUCUGCAUAUUAGGCCAUGCCCCCCUGAUGUAGCCAAUCCUCUUGGAGCUUACAGUAGGCCCUGUACUAAGAGCCCGCUAAGCUCUUGGAGGAUUGGCUACAUCAGGGGGGCAUGGCCUAAUAUGCAGAGGAGCUCCUGCUAGAAAAAGAGCCCUGUGUGUCAGCAUCGUUUCUAUGGAGAACGCUCAAAUGUUUCAUCUCCCACCUUAAUAGCUGACAUGGUACAGCCCAGCAGCAGCUUUCUCACAUGUGGAGUUUCUCCUCGUCCAUUUUGGAACUUGAGGAAUGGAAGAUGCAGCAUGAUUUUCAGCAUGAAUGGCGUGUGCCGUCAUGAAUGGGGUUUCAAGGAGCUGAAGGAACCUCGGCGGAUUGUUCUUUGCAGGGCUUUUUGGGUUGCAGGAGCUCCUUUGCAUAUUAGGCCACACACCCAAUGUAGCCAAUCCUCCGUACAGGGCCUACUGUAAGCUCCAGGAGGAUUAGCUACAUUGGGGGUGCGGCCUAAUAUGCAAAGGAGUUCCUGCUGCUUCUUUUCCUUUUCUGUUUCAAGGGCCGUUAGGAUCAAAUGAUCCUUCCAGCUCCCCCCCCUUUGUUGGAACAAAGGCACUGGAUACGAUUUAAGCGUUAGAAUUCCUUAAACACUGUACGAUUAUUAUAACACAGCAACGAUGCACUAGCCCUUGAGAAGUGUGUAGGCUUUUCCUGUGUUAACUCUCCACGGAGGUUAUCAUCUAGAUCUAGUGGUGGAUACAUUUCAGCUGAAAAUACCUGCUUAGUUACACUUUUCUUUUUUUCAAUUAAAGAAGGCCAUAGACACCGUUUGAAGCUUUUCAGGCAGCGUCUGUCUCUAGCUGCCGCUCCGCGUUACUUUGAAAGGUGUGGGGAAGGGGGUGGGGGUGGAGUUGUCUUUUCCGCCAAACACUGAAGUCAAAAAUUUGAUCUUAUAGGGAACGACAAAGCAAUGAGGAUAGCUGUCGGUCGUACCCAGGAAAUGUGCAUUUUGGAAAACGCUUGAAUUAUUAUGGGGUUCGGCGGGGAUGUCUUAUUUGUCAAAUUGUUUUUGAUAACGAGAAAAGUGCCAAAUUCUGCCAAGUUGUCUUACUCAUAGCCGGUGUGGGGGGUGUAUGUCUGUGCCAGGGGUUCCUUUGUGACACGCAAAGUGACAAGCAAAACGGUGGGGGGGGAGGGGGGACACAACAGAGUUGUGUUGCUUUUUGUGUAUGUGUUGCUGCAACGUCCAUCUCUCCCCUCCUAGUACUGAUAAAUUCUCAUGGUUACAGUCCGGCCGGAGUACAGGAAAUUCUAGGAGUGGACGUCCCUUGUGUCAAUUUCCUUCAUACAACAGAAGGCUCAGAUAGACUAUCCCCAGUAUCAUUUGCGUCCCAUUGGUUAUUGCCUCUUCUUGAGUAAAUAAAUUUCACGUGGAACGAGAUGACGUUGCAAUAAUACUGUAUUUCACCUGUUUGAGAGAGUGAAACCAAAAGCCAUUUGAGUAAUUUGUGCGGAUGGGGGUUAAAUCACAGAGAACUGCGGAGAUGCGUACAGCGACGGUCGAGUUGUUCAGGCGUACCUUGCUUUUUUAAAAAAAAAAAUGCUGAAAGACACGGAAUAUUUCACUCUAUGUUGGACUCGCGUUGACUUUUGAGUUAUUCGUUCAUCACCAGGAACAUUUCCAAUAAAUAUCAUUGCUGCAA